UGAGGCUAUAAGAGGUUCCUAUGUUUUUGUCUGCACUGAUGGAGACAAAAGGUGCAAUGUCUGUGGCCCUGCUUUGAUCAGAAGGUUCGAGGAGGAGGUAGAAGGCAAAGGUCUUGCUGAGGUGUCUCUUAAUGAAUGCUCAGGCGCCGAAAUUCACAAGUACGCAGGUCAUAUAAUGAUAUUCCGUUCUGGUGCUACUGGAGAAGUUACUGGCCACUGAGGUCAGCUUGGUUUAUCCGAAGAAGAUCAACAGACAGCUUUGGAGCUCAGGCAGAAGUUGAACUUCAUCAGAAUUCCUUACUCGAGCCACUGACACAAACAAAAACAGGGGAAGUCAGGAAUGAUCAGAGUCACUCGCUUGAGACCUCAAGUGGCCUUGGUGGAAAGUUACCUGAUCCUAUGAUGAAACUUAAAAUCCCAAAAGAUUUUGCCGGAGAUGCUGUUCUCAGUGGUUCUGAAUGGCACCAUUUUUUACAUGCAAAAGAUCUGCAAACUGUCGUCAAUGAAACAGAGAAAUGGUUAUCGGGCAAAUUGUCUUUGGCACUCCUGCAAAAUGGGCCAGUUUUUGCGAUUGAAGGGAAAGAUGUCUCUGAUAUGCUAUUCCAGAAUGGUGCAGUUUGUGUGGUAAGAAAUGACCAGCUCUCAGAGGUGGUCAUCACAAGGAGACUCUACAGCAAUAGCAUUACUGCUACACUAAGGGAACGCCAAGCUGGAACUUCUGAAGUCUCUGAUAUCAAGAUCACAAAAACAGAGUUUGGUGGUAAUGGCUGGACUCGCCGAAAGUAUUCAAUCGAAGGCGAUGAUGGAUAUCAUGUGUUCCAGUGGCGCCCCCGAGAAUCGGAUAGCAAGUUGCAGACCAAACCGAAGCAAAAGGCAAAAGUGAAGCACAUUCAGGAUGAAGUUGCUGUGCCGCCAUCGCCAAGAGUUGAGCCACAGAUUCCGGACUUCUCCCUAAGCAACUGCAUUUCCAUUGCAACGGCGAUUCCUGAGCUGUCACCAGUUGAGAAGGCAAACACUUGUGAUAUAUUCAGAGAUGAUGUCAAUAGGCAGAUAUUUGUUUGCGCUGAUCAAGAAACCCGCCUUGCAUGGUUAAGAAAGCAGAUGGCGCCAAUACCUGAUUGAGUCUAAAAGGAUUAACUGUGGGCAAGAUAUGCAGGAGACAGUGAAGAGGUGCACGAGAACUGCAGGUUACAUCUUCAAUGUUCGGACAACAGUUCCAUCGACAAAUGUGGAGGAUCACUAUGACAUUUUUCUGUCUAUUAUGUAGCAUGAUUCUGUCACACUAUUCUGCUAUUGAUCAACAUGAUUUUCAGUGAGCUUUAAGCUUCAUCAGUCUUAUAACGCUCUGUUCUGA